AUGGAAAAGUGCGAAAUUCUCAAUUGGAUCUCCAAUCUCGAACUCCCCGCAAGCCGUGCGUCGGGUAUCACCUCUACGCCAAACCUGAACCCGACCGACAAGAAUCAGCUGCAGCUUCCGUCGCCGCCCGAAUCGCGCAAACGACACCAAAAUAUGGCAACUAGCUCUUCUACAACACCUAAGAGACGAAGAGUGAUGAAAGAUGUUGACGAGACACCGAGGGCAAGGAGCAGUCAAGGAGAAGGGCCAUUACUGCAGUCACCAGCACCCUCCAUUCGGGCGGCUACGGAGUCGUCAGAACGAUCGCAAGCUUCCGGUCGAUCUUCACCCCUGAAGCAACUCAGAGCCAUGGAAUUAUCUUCCGACAGAAUCAAGACAAAGGUCCUGGACUCGACGGAUCCAAAUUUGCCCGUCGCGCUAUCUCAAUUACUCGUCGAGCUCGAGGAUUGCAAUGAUGGGUUUGGCGUCAUCUCGAAUACUCUCGAGGCUGAGAUCAAGGGAAAGGCGAAGCAAAUACCUGGAUGUCGUAUCUUCCGGGAUUCUAUGUUUGCUCCCUCGGCGGACCGCGAUCAACUCGGACUGACACCUUCAUUCGAUGAGGUCGCUGAUCUGGUCAAGGAGGCUCUACAUUGCCAGGAUACGAAGCGGUCCGAAUCUGGAUGGAACAUGGCAGUCCAUUAUCCCCUUUUACGAAGGGCUAUAUAUGAUCCAGCAAGGCAAAGUCAGUUAAUAGGCUUUGAACCGUGCACAACCGCAAAAAUCAUUCGAGAAUACCUACCCGCAGGUGCAACAGGUAAAAUGGUGGACUUUUGCAUUUGUGUGAAUACGGAAGUGGAUCAAGUUGCUUACAACGCUAUCGAGAGGGUGAGCCGAGCGCUCCCCGCCCAAGUGAUCAACCACACAGACGAAUAUGGUCUCCGAAAUUGGCCUAUUGCCGUGAGCAUCGAGACGAAGCGACAAGGUGAAGAACGCCUAGCAGCCGCGGAGCUGCAGUUAGGGACAUGGCACACUGCCCAAUGGAGUCUACUCGAGCGUCUCGUCGCCCAAUCCGGGGGUACGUUCGACGGGCUGCCUUUCCUGCCAGCUAUCGUCGUGCAUGGGCAUAUUUGGAGCUUUGCAGCUACAACAAGGGAGGGCGAGACUACAUUGCUAUGGUUGGAGCAAGGGUUCGGGUCGACUAGCAAUCUUCUUGGGGUAUACAAGACGGUAUGGGGCUUGCAACGUCUCGCCAAGUGGACCAGCGACGUGUACUGGCCAUGGUUUAGGAAGAACGCCCUGGGAGUUUCUGAAGGAUGA